UACCCGGGAUUCCACAGCUUCCCCGGCUUCCAGGGCUUCCGCGAACCCAGUUUUCAACACUUUCAAAAACCAGUAGCAGCAGAAUACGAGAUCGGAUAUCCGAGCAGGGCCAUGGAGGGCACCGAAAAGUCUUCCAAGACUGUGGAUGAUAUGAAAAAGCUGUAG